UCGGAGCGCACUCUAGAAGUCUGUAACGGAGCAAGGGCUUGAGUGAAUUUAUGGUCGAGUUUCAGAUAGUUAUUACUGACUCAAACAACUAUACAAAACGGGACUACAUUUAUUUGAAUUAUUUUUCAUCGCGUUAUUUAUUUUUUCAUUCAUUUUUUUUUCUCUUGCUUUAACGUUAUUUACUUUUCAUUCAUUUUUCGAACCUUCUGGUAGUCUUUCAUUGCUGCUGCUGCUGCUGCUGGUGGUGGGUAAUGGCAAGCUCGGGAAUACAACUUUUUGGGUUCUUGCUCGCAGUGGUGGGUCUGGCAGCCAUCGUCACCGCCACUUGCAUGGUAGAGUGGACCACAUUCGAGAGCAGCGAGGAACAGGCGGAGAUCUACGGGGGGCUUUGGGAGACGUGCAGGGCGUCCAGCUCACGGAUGAGCUGCAAGGCCCGCGAUUCCUUUUUAGAACUGCCAUGGGGUAUCCAGGUCACCAGGGCAGUGUUGAUAAGCAGCAUCUGUCUCUCAAGUCUGGCAGUUUUGGUGUCCAUUUGGGGAAUGAAGUGUACUCGCUUUAUGGAGGACAGGGAAGAGACCAAACGCUUCAUGGCAUUGUCUGGAGGAGUCAUGUUCAUGAUCUCUGGUUUAUUGGCUCUGGUUGUGACCUCCUGGUAUGUUGGAUUACUCAUUGAGGCCUACAAAAAUGCCCAUGACCUAGACAGAUAUGAGUUUGGCAAUGCAGCUUUUGUCAGCUGGGUGGGGUCCAUCCUCAGCCUGGUGGGGGGGGCGUUCCUCAACUGUCGGAGGUGCUUUGGGACGAGGUCGUCCUUGUCCCCGGCUAUGAUACGCCAGUCAGCGGCAGGCGGUGCUGAAUAUGUUUAAUGUUAAAGGUCAUACUCGGCUAGGGCCAACCUUAAGGAUUGUAGCAAGCUUUGUUGUAUUUAAUUGUUUGAAAGGUCAGUUUUUCUUUCUGUUUUGGACAAUGAAGUGUAAACUGUCAGGGUUAUUUGAGUUGUAGUCCUUAAAUACUAUUACAGACUCAGCACCCACUGAACCUUUAGUAGAAAGGGUAGAAACUUUAAGAAGGAACAUAGAAGGAUCCAUCUGUCUAGGAAUGGCUAUGAGUGCAAUAGGUGCUGAUUAGGCAGAUGUAAAUUAUUUGCCAAAUUAUAAGUACGAAGUACAAAUUAUAUAAUUAUGGCAAAGAAAAAAUGAAGGAUAAAGUACAAAAUGCACUAAGAUAUGUUGUAGUGGUUAUGUUUUUUUUUAAGUUUAUAUUAUCAGAGAAAGGUCCGUUUAUCUGCCAUACAUGAGUUAUUUUGGUUUGUAUUUUUAUAAACAAUGUAUUUUUCCAGAUUUGUAUAGAAUAAUAGUAUAUUUUGAACUUUUUUAAAGAAUAAAUUCAUCAUUUGGUCUACUUUGGCCUACGUGUCUAUGUCUAUCUUUGUUGAUGCUAAAUUAGCGAGCAGAGCAAAUCUGGCAGAUAAAAAUCAGGGUUUAAUGAGGAUUUUCCUGAGAAUGAGCAAGCUUUCCUUCCUUUUUCAACAAGCUGAGUAAAUGCGGCAGUUCAAAUGUUUAUAAAUCUUGUUAUUUAAUCACAGUAUUCCAUAGGAGAACUAAUUACUCAGAGACGUUUGUUUCUAUGUUGUGGUUACCGAGUCCACCCUGGGUUUAGUGUAAAGCUGUUUCAAUAAGAUAAGAGCAUUUUAUUGCACUUCCUAUUUGACUUGGAGAGGGCUUGCUGGGCAGAUAAUGCCAAAUGUGUUUAAGGUUUUCAUAAAAAACAAAAGUUUUCUCCACCGUCAUCCUCAUUCUUAUGGUUGGUUUUGUUGUUUCUUUAGUUGCUGUUUUGUCUCGUUUUCUUCUUGGCUGUCAAAAUUGAUGACCUUGACAUUUCUCCCCUGCUAACGCAAUCAGUAGGAAAUGACAUCAUCCUCGCUAAACAAGAGGUAGCUUGGACAGAGA